AGUCCGUUAUAAAUACAAAACAGGUUAAAAUCUGUAAAUUUCUUUUAAACUUCUGCAAAAAUUAUUUAGAGUAACUGUGUAGUUUAUGCGUACAAUGGCAGUUAUGAUCACUUCUAUUUUAAUUUUUUCUGUACUUCAAUCAAUUUGCAGUGCGAUUUAUCUACAGUUAUUAUAUGAAUACUAAUUAUCUGUGCCAGGAUUUCGGCCCCUCUCAUUCGGCGCCGGUGAUCUCAGCUUCUGCUCAUCCAAUUUUUCUACUUCAAAAUGCGUUAGAAACCUCUCGGUCAUGGGGGUGUUCUGAGACCAGUUAUUGCUUGCUGUCUGCAGAACCUCAUGACCAGUGGUCACUUUAAAGCUUGUUACCAUGGAUGCCAUAAGGCUGACAAGGGCGGGUGCUCGCUCUAGGGAAACAGCUUAUUUCUAACGAUGUUGCAACAUACUGCAUGAUUUGACGGCAACAAAAUUCUAAAAUAGUCGCAAGCCAAUAUUCAUCCGUGCUCAGCUUGUAAUUAUAAUAUUUAUGUCGUCUUAGAAGUAUUAGAAGUACAUAUGGCCCCGAAUCACUGGUUAAACUUAUUGUUCCUUGUUCGAGACGUAUGGAUGUGAGUUUUCUAGCCAAGAUUCACUACGAAUGUGUCUGUACCAUGGAACAACUACAUAAUUCUAUUGUAUCGCGCGGGCAUGCCGGUUUUAUCAGCUCGUAUGUAUCAACCACUCUAGAGUAGCUAAGUAUCCGCCUAAUGAACGAGCAGCGGAAAAUUAUACCCUGAUUGACGCUCUGAUAUAAUUUGUGCAUCGCGUCACCACAUCGUUUUAAUAAGAGAUUUGGAAAUGAUGGAAGCAAGCGAAUCCAUGUCCGUAGUGGACAACGCCAGUGUGAGCACUUUCAGUGUUUCGUCCGCAACGAGCGACAGCACAAUUGUGUCCACUUCCAGUUCCGCCUCGCGCGACCGCGUACAGCCUCCUCACAAGGAAGACAAUGUUUUGAAGGCAGCGUAUAAGGAAAACAAUAAGUUGAGGAAAAAUUUGCUACAUUUAAUCCAGACGGAAGUGGCCGCAGCAUCCGCAAAGCUGUUUGUGUCCCACAGACUUCUGAUUAAGGCCGUGCAAAACGCGCAAACUGGAGUUACGAAUACGUUUUCUUCUGCCUUUACAGUUGAUGGCAUAAGCACAGACGUGGCCAAUGUGAAUGGGCAGUUGCUGAGAAUGAAUGGUCAGUGUCAAAUGUUGCGGGAAAACUCGCUGCAAGCGCUGUCCAUGUUCGGAUCUGACAGAUCCUGAUUUUCUACUGUGAUUCGCUAGCAAUUUACAAAAUUAACAAGCUGCAGUUGUCGGUUGUGAUUGUUGAUUUAAUUGCAUCAUAAAAUUUUAUGGAAAUUAUAUAUAUACACCUCAAAGCUACCCUGUCGAUCUCUAAGACGAUGACCGUUGGGCACCAGUUAUACCGGUACUUGAAUU